GUCUCUGGUCAAGUCAUCGGUGCCCUUCCCAUUUGGUGUUUAACUCCUCGGCCAGCGUGACAGCUUCCAGUUUCAGUUAUCUGGUUUCUGCCCAAAGCCGAACGCAACGAAAAAUUAGAAAGGCAAGAACAAAGCCACGACAAGAGAAAGUGUUGGUUCCAUAUAGAAACGCGAAAGCUGAACAUUUAAGUGUAAUUAGUGGAGAGAAAAGUUCUCAUAACAAAUCGUUUUAGGUUUUGAGAUUUGGAGAGAUCCAACUCUCUCCUGAUUUUAAUCUUCAAUGGCGCUUCUUCGAGGAGCAAAGCUGUUGUUUCUAUUAUGCGCGCUGUCAUACGUUAUCAUCGCCAUUGCAGGAAAAAGCUAUUACGAUAUAUUGCAAGUGCCGAAGGCAGCAUCGGAUGAUCAGAUCAAGAGAGCGUAUAGAAAGUUGGCAUUGAAGUAUCACCCUGAUAAGAAUCCGGGAAAUGAAGAGGCUAACAAGCGAUUUGCCGAGAUUAACAACGCGUAUGAGGUGUUAUCCGACGGCGAGAAGAGGAAUAUUUAUGAUAAGUAUGGAGAGGAAGGACUUAAGCAGCAUAUGGCUAGCGGAGGGAGAGGUGGAGGAAUGGGGAUGAACAUUAAUGACCUUUUCAGAGAUUUUUUUGGCGGAGGUCAAACGGAGGAGGAAGAGAGAAUCGUAAAGGGUGAUGAUGUAAUUGUCGAAAUGGAUGCGACAUUAGAAGACUUGUACAUGGGUGGCUCACUGAAGGUUUGGAGGGAGAAAAAUGUUAUUAAGCCAGCCCCUGGUAAAAGACGCUGUAACUGUAGAAAUGAAGUCUAUCAUAAGCAAAUUGGUCCAGGGAUGUUUCAGCAGAUGACAGAACAGGUCUGUGAACAAUGCCAAAAUGUCAAAUUUGAGCGGGAGGGAUAUUUUAUCACAGUUGACAUUGAGAAAGGCAUGGAAGAUGGACAAGAGGUGGUUUUCUAUGAAGAUGGUGAGCCAGUAAUAGAUGGGGAGCCGGGAGAUUUGAAGUUCCGGAUCCGUACAGCACCUCAUGAUCGUUUUAGAAGGGAAGGCAAUGACUUGCACACAACUGUGACCAUAACACUGGUUCAAGCACUUGUUGGCUUUGAGAAGACUAUUAAACACCUUGACGAACAUUUAGUGGAGAUCGGCACAAAGGGAAUAACUAAACCCAAGGAAGUUAGAAAGUUCAAAGGGGAAGGAAUGCCAUUGCAUUUUAGCACGAAGAAAGGCGAUCUUUAUGUCACGUACGAGGUUCUUUUUCCCAUGUCACUAACUGAGGAUCAAAAGACGAAGAUCAAAGCAAUUCUUGGCUAGGGUAUAGAAUUAAAUUAUUUUCUUGGGUUCCAAAAUGUUCCCAUUGUAACAUUAGGUUAUAUAGAAAUCCAUAAAGAUGUUGAGGCUUUUGUUUUCAGUCAUCCUCGCUAAGUAGCAACAUACAAGUUGGACCUCUUUUUCCAGCCUUACUUGAGCUAUAUCUUCCUUGUUCUUCUUUUAAGGAAAUAUCAAUCAUUUGAUGCGCAGUAAGAACUGAAAUCAGAAGAAACCAACCAGUUUUGGUCUUUUUGGCUGAUCAUGCAAAAUUAAUGCUAUAUUGAAUGGUCCAUUAACAUAGA